UCUAUCAAAGCGGUGGAGCAACAAGCUCUCGCGAGAGAUUGCCGGGCUCUAGCAACGAGAUGUGGGGGCUCAGGUGUAAGAGGAGCGCAUCUCAUCCCAGCACUAGGAUAGAGCAGACAGAUAAGUGAGACCGAGAGGCUGGAGGGAGGAACACUGUGCGGUCCUAGGGAGCUCCAAGCUUCAGUAGCAGCAGCAGGAGCAGCAGCAGCAGCUUCAGCAACAACAGCAGCAGUAACAGCAACAGCAGUAGCAGCAGCAGCAGCAGCAAUAGCAACAGCAACAGCAGCAGCAGCAGUAGCAGCAUCCGCCUCCACCACUACAGGAGCUGGUACUGCUUCUUCAUCACCCUCCCGAACAAGAGGAGAGUAUCAAGAGCACUUUCCCUUACUUUAGGAGUGUUUUUGGAUUUACAUGCAAAGCCUUCAAGAUGAUGUCCAUGAACAGCAAACAGCCACAUUUUGCCAUGCAUCCCACCCUACCUGAACACAAAUACCCCUCUCUACAUUCCAGCUCCGAAGCAAUACGAAGAGCCUGUCUACCAACUCCACCGCUGCAGAGCAAUAUCUUCGCCAGCCUGGACGAGACCCUGCUGGCCCGGGCCGAGGCUCUGGCGGCCGUGGACAUCGCCGUGUCCCAGGGCAAGAGCCACCCCUUCAAGCCCGAUGCCACCUACCACACCAUGAACAGCGUGCCGUGCACCUCCACCUCCACCGUACCGCUGGCGCACCAUCACCACCACCACCACCACCACCACCAGGCGCUCGAACCCGGCGACCUGCUGGACCACAUCUCCUCCCCUUCCCUGGCGCUCAUGGCCGGCGGCGGGGCCGGCGGCGGGGGCGGCGGCGGCGGCGGGCACGAAGGGUCCGGCGCGGGCGGCGGCGGCGGCGGGGGCGGCGGCGGCGGCGGCGGGCCGGGAGGCGGCGGGGCCGGGGGCGGCGGGCCGGGCGGCGGCGGCGGCCUCCUGGGCGGCUCGGCCCACCCGCACUCGCACAUGCACGGCCUGGGCCACCUGUCGCACCCGGCGGCGGCCGCCAUGAACAUGCCCUCGGGGCUGCCGCACCCGGGGCUGGUGGCGGCGGCGGCGCACCACGGGGCGGCGGCGGCGGCAGCGGCGGCGGCGGCGGGCCAGGUGGCCGCAGCGUCGGCCGCGGCCGCCGUGGUCGGAGCGGCGGGGCUGGCCUCCAUCUGCGACUCGGACACGGACCCCCGGGAGCUGGAGGCCUUCGCCGAGCGCUUCAAGCAGCGGCGGAUCAAGCUCGGGGUGACGCAGGCCGACGUGGGCUCGGCCCUGGCCAACCUCAAGAUCCCCGGGGUGGGCUCCCUGAGCCAGAGCACCAUCUGCCGCUUCGAGUCGCUCACGCUGUCGCACAACAACAUGAUCGCGCUGAAGCCCAUCCUGCAGGCGUGGCUGGAGGAGGCCGAGGGCGCGCAGCGCGAGAAAAUGAACAAGCCCGAGCUCUUCAACGGAGGCGAGAAGAAGCGCAAGCGGACUUCCAUCGCCGCCCCGGAGAAGCGCUCCCUCGAGGCCUACUUCGCCGUGCAGCCCCGGCCCUCCUCCGAGAAGAUCGCCGCCAUCGCCGAGAAACUGGACCUCAAAAAGAAUGUGGUGCGGGUUUGGUUUUGCAACCAGAGACAGAAGCAGAAAAGGAUGAAAUUCUCCGCCACCUACUGA